CUCCGGUAUUCAUGCAUUACUGAUGAUAUUGCGAUGCGGUACUGUACACUAUCGAAAAUGAGACGCUGGUUUAUAAUGUUUUGGUUCAUCUCCAACAUGGACGGUGGGCUGGCUGACGGAGAUUGCAGCCUUAAAAAUUCAACGGUAAUACACGAUGCAGUUUCUCCAGCCGCAGAAUAUCCUUUUCGGACAGACUUACUUACCGUUGAAGAAUGCAGUCUGUAUUUGAAAUAUUUACUGCAGAGAUCGAUAUGUACAGAUGUGAUGGAUUUCAGUAAUUGGUGUAACGUAAAUGCUGAAAAUCCCCGCAAGGCUGGCAUGCUGCACACGUACUGGGAGGUGACUUGCUUUUACCGGUCGCACGCUCUGGUAGCUAAUACCACCAAGCAUGUGCGGAAAAUCAGUCCGCAGCGCGCCGUCCUGUUGCAUUUGUUUGAGUGGGAGGCAGAGCAGGAUCCGGUUACCAUUGAUAUAGUGGAACCCAUUCGUAAUCAAACCAUACACCUUGCCGUGAACAAUUGUCGGGCGCCGAAUGCGACCGCCAAAGUGCACGCACUUGGUCUUUUACCGAAUGUAUACAGUUUCGCUCUCGGAUAUUGUCCUAACGUGACGAUCCAGAAGAAACAUUUCGGCGGAAUGCCCCAACUACGGAUGAUCGCGUUCUAUGAAAGCACAAUCAGCGCGCUGGAGCCGGGAACCUUUACCGAUUUGAUUCAUUUGCGCAGUCUGACACUGGAGAGCUAUAUCAUCAGGACGUUAUUGAAUCAAUAUAUUCCCGAACCAGCUUACCGUAGAUUUACAACCGACGACUACCUCCAUUAUUUGUACGAUGUACACUGCGACUGCUCGUAUGCCUGGUUGCGCAGCUUUCUGAAGCAGAGACCGUACUUGAUAGAGAAAAAGAAUCUAGGUGAAGUGUUCAUAAUCGGAAACUAUUUAUCACCAGCUGUUGAAAGAAGUGGAAAUAAGACAGAUGUCUUCAGCAUAGAUUGUUCCAAGAACGUGACCUUGGACAAUAUUUGGACAGGCAGUGAAUUUUCCUACAAAGCCGCAUGCUCUAAUGAGAACUGCUGAUUUAUUAUUUUAAUUUUGCAUUUCCUUGAUUUCAGUUUUUGAGAUACGUAUACGCGCUGGAUGACGGGCGCUUAUUAGCGAUGGUUUACAACGCAGCUUCAUAUCAAACCGCUCAGUAAAAGUAAUGAGUUUCAGUAAAACAUGCUUAAAUCUGCAUAUAAAGGAAAACAAUUAAAAAAACGAUUAAGCAGUGCA